GCGCAUGCGUAGAACUUGUAGCGUGUGGCUAUGUCUGAGGAAAAAGACGAGGAGGAAUGGCUGUACGGUGCUAAAGAAGAGGAAAGUGAUGCAAAGGAUGAUGCAGAGGUAAACCAUAGUGGAGAAAUGGAUGAUGAUGAUGUGACUGCAGAUGAGAUGCAUACCAGCGAUCCUGAAGUUGAAGGGGAAGACACAGAAGAAACAUCAGAGACAAUACCUCACGAUGACAUGAACGACAAAGAGGAAGGUUCUGCAGCUCAACUCAGUGGAGACGAAUCACAAGAACAAGAAGACGACAACAAAGACAAUGAACCGGAAGAAAAUAAUGUGGAACAUUCAGAAGAAGAAGAAGAAGAAGCAUCAGCAGCAGAAGAAGAAGGAGAGGAAGACGAAGAAGGUGAAGGAAGUGAAGAGACAGAGGAUGAUGACGACGACGAUGAUGUGCAUGUCACUAUUGGCGAGAUCAGCUCAGCUACAUCGUAUGGGCAGCCGUAUGGCUCUGGUGUGGGAGGCAAACAAGGAGCAGGAGGAAUGUUUGGAAAACAUGCUGUUGGUAAAGGAGUUGAUAUGGAGGCUGUUGGUAAGAUUAAUGGAGUGAACAUUUAUGACUUUGAUUUGGACAGUGCAGAAGAAAAGCCGUGGAGACGACCGGGUGCUGACAUUUCGGAUUAUUUCAAUUAUGGUUUUACUGAAGACACGUGGAGGAUCUACUGUGAGAAACAACGAAGAGUUCGAAUGGAAGUUCACAUGCAGAAGAAGAUAGCGGUACAUUCUGGUCAUCGAGGAAUGGUCGAAGACGGAGGUCCACACAUGAUACGUAUGCCACAUCAUGAUCCCAUGCUCGGCCCACCAAUGAUGCCUAUGCCAGGACCACAUGGAGGAAUGCUGCCCCACCCCAUGCCUCCUCCACCUGUCAUGCCACCUCAACAGAGGCUACCACCAUCAAGCAAGGAAAUGACGUCGAAGCUGAGUAAAGGGAAAGCUGGACCACCACCAGAUAGAAAGAUGAAAGGAACAAUUGAUGUAAUCGGUGGAGAAAGAGCUGGAAGAAGCGGACGGUCUCGAAAAGACGAAGACAUGGGAAGACAAACACCAGAAGAAUCAGCAAGCUCGGACAUCCCCAGUAGCUCAGCUCCACCUCCAGGACCAACGAGCAUGCCACCUCCAAUCUUUGGGAUGCCACCGCUUGGGAUGGUGCCGCCUGGUGCUCCACCGUUUUUUCCUCCACCCCCAGGGUCUGGGGAUCCAUCCGUGCCUCCAGGGAUUCAGUUUGGAGGCUUCCCUCCGAUGUUUCCACCAGGUGGACCGGAUGGGAUGCCGCCGCCUCGAUUUGACAUGCGCGGUAUGCCGAUGCCGCAUCACAUGAUACCACCUGGCGCACCGUUUCCGCAUGGACCGAUGGAUAGGCCACCAAUGUUUCCACCGGGAAUGGAUGACGGGAGAGGGCCACACGGGUUUGGUGAUCGUCGUCCUCCAUUCUUUGGUCCAGGUCCGAUGGGUCCAAUGGGUCCCAUGGGUCAAGGCUGGGAUCCAACAAUGGCUCAUCCACAAUUCCCUCCUCCAGAAGGAUACGCCACACCCGUAAUGCCUGGCAUUCCAGGAAUGCCCGGAAUGCCCGGAAUGUCAGGAAUGCCACCUCAGGGUGACACCCAACUGGCAAUGGCACAUCAACAACAGCCACAAGGAGGCGACAGUGACAAAGGAAGAGACAGUGGAGAUGGUGAGAAGGGCGAUGAUGGAGAGGACGUAGACGAGGGAACCGCAAGGAAACGACAGCCGAGAGACUUCGAACAGGAAAGAGACAGGGAGAGGGAUAGGGAACAGGCAAGAGCCGAGAGAAGGCGACAGUGGGAGAGGGAGAGGGAACGCAACACAGACAGAGGCAGGAGAGAUAGAGAUCGGUCGGAUCGCGAUAAGGACAGAAAACGAGACAGAGACAGAGAUAGGGAUCGAGACAGAGAUAGGGAGAGGGACAGGGACAGGGACAGGGACCGGGAUAGGGAUAGGGACAAACGAGAUGACAGACGGCGAAGAGACAAGGAUGAUAAGAGAAGCCGUAAACGUCACGCACGAGACUCCAGCCCCGAGAGCGAGGACGACAACAGACGACACAACGAAGACCGAGAUCGACGAUACGACGAUGACCGAAGAUACGACGAAGAUCGACGAUAUGACGAAGACAGAAGGCACGAGGAUGACCCCAGGCAUGAGGACGAUCGACGACACAAAAGGAGCAAACGAUCAAAGGCAACACGUGAUGACUCUGACGAGUCAACGUGAAGCUGGCAACUUUUGUUCUGCGGCCUCGUCGCUCGUUGGUAUGCAUGUGUCGUUAAGCUGUCACUUUUACUUAUUACGCGUAUACAUACAUUGUAGUGUGUUACCCCCAUUCUGUGAUCCGCCAUAAUUCAUUGACAAUUUUACAGUCGA